AUGGUGGCCCCUCCAUCUACCACAGUGGAACAACACAUCGCAAACCUGAACAGCCUCACGCUGCCCCAGUUCGGGUCCCUCACACGCCGAACGGAAGCGGAGGUGCAGAAUAUUUCAAACCACUUGGUACAGUUGCGAGUUGCGGCAGCUCGCCUCGAGGAGUCCCGCGAGGCCCUGGUUCAGUUCGACGCAUAUAGGAAGAGGCAAAAGGAGGGAGAAACCCCUGAAGUCCUUGUGCCACUUACGGGGGCGCUCUAUGCCAAGGGACGUUUACAGUGCGAGGACAAGGUGCUUGUCGACAUUGGAGCAGGCUUCUUGUUGCAGAAGACGUGUCAAGAUGCGAAAAGGGAUGGCGAGAGGACUUUGAACCUCGUGUCAGAGCAGCAGGGAAAGCUUGAAAAAAUGCUGGGCGAAAAGCAAAAACAACUCGAUGUGCUCGUUGCAACGAUGCGACAAAAAAUGGUGGAGCAGCAAGCUGCAGCAACUGAGAGCGCCUCUGCUACCCAGCAGCGGGCUGCAGCAUGA